GUAAUGAUUAAUGUGAAUAUUGAUUAUUUCAGUCUCGUUUGAGUAAGGCCUCCGCGUUGGCCCAUGCGCUCAAAUUACUAGCGCUUUAUGUCUAGCUGCGUAGGUUUACAAAAGCUGAACAAGACUGGUGUUUUUUGAUCCAAAACUCAGAUUGGUGGAGUUAAACUUUACGUUUUACCUAAAAUAUGGAGUUCUUUGUAGCCUGUCUGUUGCUAGCCGUGGAAUUAAGCUCAGCUUAUCGUAGCCCUCUGAACGACUUCCAGCGCUCCGAGGGCAGGGAGCUGGUGCCCACGGCCUGGAACUCUGCUCGGGUAAUCACCUACAGAGGGGUGAACCUGGAGGACUGUGCCUCCCGCUGUUCUUUGUCCCUGGAUUGCAGAGCUUUUAACUACGAGACCCGUCCGACAGUGAACUGCAAACAUCUGCCAUGGGUCGGAGACGGCAGCAACGCAGAGGUCAAGAGGAAUGUAAACUGUGACCUCUAUGAAAAGAAAGUCUAUGUGCGUAAGUGCAUUGUGGGUCAAGGAGAGGAUUACAGAGGGAAGGUCUCCACCACAAAGAGUGGUCUGACCUGCCAACAGUGGUGGUCCAAGUUCCCUCAUGAUCACAGGUGGACGCCAUCUCCCACUAAUGGUCUGGAGCUGAGUUACUGCAGGAAUCCGGAUGGGGACCGGAUUGGGCCCUGGUGCUACACCACAGACCCAGAGCGACGCUACGAGAGCUGCAACAUCCCACAGUGCAAAGACGAGGUGUGCAUUACCUGUAAUGGGGAGGACUACAGAGGCCAGGUAGACCACACUGUGAGUGGCAGAGAAUGUCAGAGAUGGGACCAGCAGUACCCACAUCAGCACAUCUACCAACCUGAGAAGUAUCCAGAUAAAAGCCUGGAUGAUAACUACUGUCGUAACCCAGAUGCAUCGCCUGUGCCCUGGUGCUACACCACAGACCCAGAGGUGGAGAGGGAGAACUGUGAGAUCAGGAAGUGCACUGAGGUGCGAGUGGAGAAACGUCAGCGCUCAAGCUUCACCACAAACUGUUUCCGGGGCCGAGGAGAGGACUACCGCGGCAAAGUGAACGAGACCACCUCCGGGAUCGCCUGCCAGAGAUGGGAUGCCCAGUACCCCCACGAGCACCCCUUCUACCCCAACACCUAUGAGUGCAAGGGUCUGGAGGAAAACUACUGCAGGAACCCGGAUGGCUCUGAGGCCCCCUGGUGCUUCACGUCGGUACCUGAGAUGAGGACAGCUCUGUGUUUACAGAUAAAACGCUGUGCAGAUGAUAUCGAGGCUGAAGAUUGUUAUCAUGAAAAUGGAAAGAACUACAGAGGAACAGUUCGGAAAACACGUAAAGGCAUCAUCUGCCAGAAGUGGAACGUCAACACACCUCACCGAACCAAGAUUAACCCUAGGACCCACCCUGAGGCCAACCUGACAGAAAACUACUGUCGAAACCCAGACGGGGACCAGCAUGGACCCUGGUGCUACACAACAGACCCGAAAACCGAGUUCGACUACUGCGCCAUUAAACAGUGUGCCGGCGAGAAGGUGUCACUGACUGAGCCAGUGGAGAAGGUAGAGUUUAGUGAGUGUGGAAAGAGAGACGACCGCAUGCCCCGGUCCAGGCUGCGUAUCGUGGGAGGGGUCCCUGGGAACUCUCCAUGGACUGUAAGUCUGAGAGACAGGAAAGGAAACCAUUUCUGUGGAGGGUCCCUGGUUAACCCCAGAUGGGUGAUCAGCACCAAACAGUGCUUCUCCUCUUGUUACGUGGAUCUGCCUGGUUACUCUGCCAUGAUGGGGACUUUAUUUCGGGAUCCUGCUGAUGGCGAGCCCGGGGUGCAGACUAUCCCUCUCACCAAAAUCGUGUGCGGACCCUCGGAGUCCCAGCUCGUCAUGCUCCAACUCGAAUACCCAGCACAGUUUAAUGAGCGUGUCUCUCAGAUCUGCCUCCCCCCAGAGAGGUACAUUGUGGCAGAGGGGACGUUUUGUGAGAUUGCAGGAUGGGGUGAGACACGAGGCACCGGGGAUGAGACGGUCCUGAACGUGGCUCACAUUCCAGUUCUGAGCAACAAGGAAUGCAACAAAUACUUCAGAGGGCGUGUCCGCGAGAACGAGAUGUGCACUAGCUCUUUCCAGGGAGGGGUGGGCGCCUGCGAGAGGGACUAUGGAGGACCUUUGGCCUGUCAGAACCUGGACUGCUGGGUUUUGGAGGGAGUGAUUAUCCCCAUGAGGCGCUGUGGUCACCCAGGGCAACCCAACAUCUUCAUCCGAGUGUCCGUCUACGUGGACUGGAUUAAGAAAGUCAUGGAAAUGGCUUAAAAAGACUGACAACUAAAAGGAAAGUGGAAAGGAAGUGUUUUCAAAGCACAUGGCAUGUUCUCAAUGUGGAAAACUGUCAGGAAUUAUAUAGUAGAUAGGGUGAGCACCUCAAAUUGUAGAAAAAUGUGUUAAAUAUGGUGGGAUAUGGAGGGUUGGACUAUUUAAUAAUAACUGCAAUAACGCCAUAUGAUUUUCAGUUUUUAUUAGUCAUAACGCUUAAGUUGUUAAAACAUAUUACAGCCUUGAAUGUAGUACAUGUACACCCAAAAUCAUGUUUUCUAUGUAAAAUUUAUACAAUGGCAUCAAUAAAAAGUGGGAUAUUCUCUAAGUAAAUGCGAUGAGAGCCUAGCGGCUGUUAAGGACACACACAAAGUCUAUAUAACGUGCAUUUAAAACUUCUGUCUUUUCCCUUCAUAUGCUCUCCUCAUUCUCAACAACAGCAUAGCAGCAUUUCAGAACUCUCUAAAAGUAACACCCAAAUUGUCUCUUAGACUUAGAAUUACUUAGACUUAAACAAACUUUAUUGAUCCACAAGGGAAAUUAUUUUUUCCAUACAUUCAAGAGAGUCAUGCUAACAUGCCCCUGCUUUUCUUCCCUUUUCUCUAUUUAUGUUUCCCUAUUCCUCGAAAGCGACAUCAUAGACAUAGCUUGGACCAGGGGCGGCUCCAUACAUUUUUUCUAGGAGGGGUUAAGGGAGGGGCUAAAGUCUUCCAUGAGGGUACUCAGAUUACAUGGUGAACAGAGCCUUUUAACAGUGAAGCGAGUACUAUCCAACUCUUGAUGUUUGCCUAAAGUUCUAAACAAGUUUAAAGGUACACUAUGUAACUUUUCUGGUGGAGGGCUGCUGUGUACAUAAAAAUGUUUUUAUUUUGCCUACAAUGUUCCACACACAUCUAUUGUUAUGAAAACAAGCACGCCAACAGGCCAAGUUACAGGUCAGAUCUGUGGAGAGAUGACCACAUAGAAUACAUGUUUUUCAGAGGAUUUUUGAGCACUAUAAACACUUUGAAUUGAAUAAUACAAGAUAGAUCAUUUUAAUGUCAUAAUGUAGAACAUUCCAGGGAAAGCAGUAACAUUUCCAUGGAGAAGUAGGUAGUGAACCUUCUACCAGAAAAAAUAGUUUUCAUACAUAGUUAACCUUUAAAGUUAGUGAUUUGCAAAUCUAAAUGUGAAAUUCUUAGAUUUGUCUUUUGUUUUACCUGUUCAUUUAAGCGGGGUGGGGGCUAGUAAGGCAUUGACCUUACUUGGGGGGUGCUGGCACCACCCUUGGGUUGGACUAGCUAAAACUAGUUUCUUGACAUGAAUUUUAGAAAUAGCAAAAGCCCACUUCUGUGAUGUUGUUGAUAACUUGCUGGUAUGCUGGGAACAGGAUUGGUAUCUUAUGUUUAUUUUCAGUAUUGCAUUUUACCCUGUUUAGUGUUGUGCAAACUAUACAUUUUAGUGAAGAACGGGUGCAAACAUUUGUAUUUUGAUCUGUCCAAAUUAAAGUUCAUCUUAUAUUUUUGGUUUGCCAUUUAUUCAUGAGCGGGAAUAGAUGUAGAUGAACACUGUAACUGGAAAUUCCCCAAGUCACCAUGAAUUAACAAAGAUUUGAUUGUAUUUAUUCAGUAAAAAUGUGGCCUUGCUAUAACAAAAGUAGAGAUUACAUAUAAAGCUUACUGUACUGUACUCGUUUUUCCCAUCCUUUAGUAAAACACACUGCCCCCCCACCCCCUUACCGCACUCUCUGCCCCCCUUCUCCCUUUUCCUCACUCCCCUCUCCUUUACCCCCCCUCUCUCCCUCCCUUCCUUCUUUCUUCACCCCCUCUUUCUCCCUCUCUACCUUUUUUCUACUACCUCUCCCUCUCUUCCCUUCUCCCGUUCCCCCUCCCCUUCUCCCUCUCCUUUUUUUUUCUCUUCCUCUCUUUUCUCUCCCUCCCUCUCUCCCUCUCUCCCUCUCCCUUCCCUCCUGCCUGCCACCCCUCCUUCUCUCCCUCCUACCCUCUCUCGUACACUCUGUGAAUGGAGCUCCCGAAAUACCUUCUUUGCCCCCAGCCUCUCGGACAGAAAUCCCUCCUCUGCUCUGUCUUUUGAUGCCUGUCCCCCACCUCCUCCAAAAGACAUGCCUUUGUGCCUUAUGCAGAACUGUAUGCGCUGCACAUUCCUUUUACUUCUAUAGGAGGAUUUUUGUAACUCGGUCCUGAUGAGCCAACGGAAUCCAGCUUAAACAAACCUCAACAUCAGAGAAUUGGACACACCAUUUUUACGUACACACAAAAUCUCUCCGCACCCUCCCCCCCCAAAUCUUAUCCAUUCAGACAUGGUUUCUUUUCCUCUGCACAGUACCUUUCUAUUGUCUCCCGAUCAGACGUGGGGAAUACUC